GAUGUCUGCGCCCAUGAAAAAAUGCCGAAGAGUAUAGCAUUAUUUACCUUCUCUGUAAAAUGUACAGUAGUAAUUGAUUGAAGAUUUUAAAGAAUCUUUUUGAAUACAAUGGUAAUGCAGAGAAUAAACUUUUGUUUUGGAAAGACUUUGUACAGAAUAAAACAAAAAUGGAAUCCAGUUAUGACUUGGUGUAAAUAUUCACACAUGCUCAGUUCUGUUAGGGCGCCAUGUUGUAUGUUAAAGACCAGGAAAGGAUUACUAUUAUCCCAAUUAACUGUGAGGUGUAGGACUCUUCAGACACAUGUUCAUGCAGAAACUGCUAUAAAUUCAGGCAGACAUUGUAGACCAUUACAGAAGUGUUAUAUGAGAAAUGGACUCUUUAUUUUUACACGAGAAUAUGCCUCCUUACAAAAUGUAGACGAUGGCCUCUUGAUAAAGUAUUUGGACAGUUUGAAUGUGGAAUAUAAUGAUAUUUUAGAAUUAUACAGGACAGGAAAGAAAACAAAGGAAAUGGGUUCUAGAAGAGUAUUUUUAGAACCAAUUGUGGAUGUUUAUAGUGGAAUGAAAGAAAAAUAUAAUGAAUUAGAGGAAUUAAAACUUCUUGUUGAAGAAGAUGAAGAAAUGAAGACAAUGGCAGAUUCUGAAUUUAAGGCAAUAAACCAACAGAUAAACGACAUGAAACAACAGAUUUUAGAUAUCCUUGUACCCGACCUGAAGUAUGAUAAAAAUGAUGCUAUAUUGGAGAUAAAUCCAGGAGUAGGUGGGGAGGAGGCUAAACUAUUUACCUUAGACUUGUGUAACAUGUACCAGAAAUAUAUAAGUUAUAAAGGAUGGUCAGUUGAGUUAGAGACUUCUCAGUCAAAGGAGAGUGGUGGUUUGGCGUAUGCUAGAUUAUUAAUAUCUGGUUAUGAUGUUUUUAAAACUUUAAAGUAUGAAUCUGGUAUUCAUCGUGUUCAGCGAGUUCCUGAGACAGAACGUGGUGGGCGUAUCCAUACAAGUACAUCAGCUGUUGCUAUUUUACCACAACCAACAGAGAUUGAUAUAAUAAUAAAUCCUAAUGACCUACAUAUAGACACAUUUAAAUCUAGUGGUCCUGGUGGUCAGAGUGUCCAGAAAAAUGACACUGCUGUCAGACUUACACAUACACCUUCAGGUGUUGUUACUUCUAGUCAGGAAAGUAGAUCACAAAUACAGAAUAAAAAGAGUGCAAUGAACAGAUUAAGAGAAAAGUUAUAUGAGAUUGAAUUUAAUGCACAAAUGAGCAAGAUGAAAUCUCAGCGCAAAGUACAAGUAGGAACCAAAGGGCGGUCAGAGAAAAUAAGGACAUAUAACUUCCCUCAGAACAGAGUGACUGAUCAUAGAAUUCAUUAUACUUCUAAUAUCCAGGGCAUCUUAAGUGGAGAAGAUGUUCUAGAUGAAUUAAUAAACCAAUUACAUGAGGAAUCUAGAAAAGAAACUUUAAUUGAAAUGUUACAGGAAUUCGAGUCAAAGGGAACAAUGUAAUGUUAAUUUUUGUAUUAAAGUCAAAAUAAUGAUUUA